CAUCGUUGUGUGCGUGCGGAGUCCUCGUCAACUCAAGGGGGCUGCGUUUGUGUUGUUCAUUGGGACUUUAAUUCCAAACAGGUGCCAUAAAUCAAAGGAUUUUUGUUUCUCUUGGAGCUGGACAGCAACAUUCAGCUUACAUUCACUUCCUGCAGAGCUACAAGACAUUCAUCAUGUUAAUUUUGUGACUUUGGAAAGGACUAUACACCCGUCAUGUCAGCGAAAGCAACACAUGGGUCCAAACAGACUGAACUUUUAUUGAUGCAUGAUCUAAAACUUGUUUGUUCUGAAUGCUCUGUCAAAGAAAAUGAAAUCACAUAUACGCUAAACUCAGUCCACCAUCAGUGUGCACACAACAUUCUAAUCUGCAGAGCCAAAGGCAAGAGCAAAUGGAGGCCUAUUUCACGAAGGCCCACAUUGUCAAACCCAAGUCAGUAUGAAGUAUGCUGGUUCUUUGUUGAAGGCUCUGGUUGCACAAAACACAAGAACAGGUGUACUUUUGCCAGAAGUAAUGAGGAAGCCACAGUGUGGAACUAUGAAAAGGUUAGUCAAUUAGACCGCUUAUCUUUAUGCAACCUCGUUCUUCAUUUUGAAAGCGAUCCUGCUCAACGGAAUGCUGCUCAACAUGACAAAUUUGAAUCACUGGAUGACCUCUUACCAAUUGUAGACUUGAAAGUUGUGUGUUCCUUGUGUUGCAACAAAGAUACAGAAAUAGAAUACAAAAUUCUGUCAGUCUGUCACCAAUGCCACAGAGAUCUGCUUUUAGCCAAAAAGAAAGGCUGUGAACUUUGGAGACCCAUUUCUGAGCACCCCACCAAAACUGGAAAAUUUGGUUCCAAUGUCCAUUUUGAAGUAUGCAGUUUCUAUAAAGAGGGUUCUGGGUGUACAAAACAUGGGCAGGAAUGCACAUUUGCAAGAAGCUUUGAAGAAGCUACUAUAUGGAACUUUGUAAGGGACAAGAAACUGGAUAAUGCCAAGUUAAUUAGACUUGUAACCGAAUCUCAGUUUAAUUCCCUAAUGCCAGAAAAGAUCAUUGAAGAGUUUUCAGGUGAAUUCCUUGAGCUCUGUAAAGUUUGUUUUUUUAGCAUUCCUCAAAAAGUAACCAUUAAAAAGUGGAACAACACUUGCUCAGCAGAUGCAGCACAUACCUGGGAACCAAUUUUAGUCCAUCACUUAGCGGAGAAUCAAGGAAAGCACAUCUACAACCAGGUGCGCCCUUUUACACAAGACUGUAAAUUGGAAUACUGCAGCCAUGUCAUGCAGGGUAAGCCCUGCUGGCAUGAACCCACCAAGUGCCACUCUGCUCAAAGUGAGGUUGAAAUGGCAGUGUGGAAGGCAGAGGACAGCAGCGGGACUUCAAUUCGCCCAGAACUCAUUCAACUGAGCCAGGAGGGUGAGAGAAAACCCAGAACAGUAACCUUCUACUGCAGAGCCUGCCUCCUUGUCCUAUACACCAAGGAGAGCUUCUUCACACACUGUGCCUCCUUGGAGCAUGCCCGAAUUAUCGCUGAGGACACUACUACCAAGUGGAAAACUCGUCCCCCUCCUCACAAUCGCAGAGCAGAAUUUUGGCUGUGUGAGAGGCCAGAUACCUGUGAGUAUGGCGAAUUCUGUCUAAAAGCUCAUUCUGUGGAGGAACUGAAGGAGUGGCUGAUGCGUGCCAAAGAAGAAAAGGAGAUCAGAAAAAACAUUGAUGCCCAAGGACUCAUGCCCUACUGUGACAAGUUCUUGGUGGAAUACCAAAACCACAGCAAUAAAGAAUACAUUAUCUCAGAGGAAGUUGAUGAUGUCAGUGUCACUUGUGAUGAGGAGUUAUCUGUGGACUGUAAGGAGACUAAUGCAAGACUGCAAUGGCAUUUCCAAGUCAACACAGAGAGACCACUUGUGCACGUGGCACUGCUGAAGGUAGAGCCAGGAGCAUCAUUCUCCAUUGGGGAAAAUCUUUCUGAACCAUGCACAUACUCUCCAGGUGAACAGUUCCAAACCACAGACAUAACCUAUAGUAUCACUGUGUCAUUCACAUCCAUUAUCCCAGGGCUGUAUAAGCAGUGGCUGGUAUUUGAUUUUAACAUGAGGCCAGUGCUCCUGCGGAAACUCAAAGUAAGAGUAGGACAUCUAUCUUUAACUGACAUUGGAGAACCAACUGUGAACCAUGCUACCACAUCACAAAGUCUUGAACGGUGGCAUCGAGGGAACAGGACUAUCAUCCCAUGUAUGACCAGGACAGAAGAACAGGAGGAGUUGUUAAAAGAGUACAAGCCUCCUCAGAUUAGUUUUCUGCCUAAACCCACAAAUGACAGCCAAAAACCUUUGGAUGUAGAGAACUAUAGGGAGCGAAUGCACAGUUUUCUGUUCAAUGAGGAACAAGCAGAAGACCAGGUAGUCUCAAGACUCAGUAUUUGUGGAGAAGUUACCAUGACACCCACUCUGCAAAGUAAGCAAUUUCUCAUCGAGGCUCCUCAAGGAGAACUUUUCUGCACUGUCUCAGUUCCCUGUAAUCUCACACCAGACACCCCAGAGGGAUUUGUACUAAGAAGAAGCAUCCAGUCUGCUCUUAUAGCACCAUUAUCUUCAGCUGAUAAAAACCAUAAAGUCUAUGAAGCCAUCAUCCUACAGGACAUCAAAAGUGAGAACCAAAUCCAUUUGCAACUCCUCAAAAGAUGUUGCUCAGACCUUUCACUCAAAAGCAAUGAAACACAUCAAAUGGAAGUGCAAUUUCAGAUGAACCGUCGCACAUUCUGCAACAUGCACAAGGCUGUCGAUCUACUCCCAGGCACAAAAAAUGUCUUACCAGACUUCAGCAACUGUGGGAUUCCUGUGAACAAGACUCAAUAUGACGACAACUUAAAUGCAAAGCAGCAGUCAGCAAUUGAUUUUAUAAUGGGGGAUUCAGAUGAACGAAAAAUUGUGGCACCACUUCUCAUAUAUGGACCAUUUGGAACAGGGAAAACAUUCACCCUUGCUACAGCAGCCAGAGAGCUGGCUCAUCUGCCUCAUAACAAAGUGUUGAUCUGCACCCUUACCAACAGUUCUGCAGAUCUGUAUGUCAAAGACUACUUCCAUCCAUUCAUCAACAAAGGGCACCAUGGAAUAAGGCCAAUUCGAAUAAAAGCAAAUAGACAAGGGAUCUCUUUUGAUGCCACGGAUGACAUUACUUUGAAAUAUUGCCUUUUUUCAGAAGAGAGAAAGCAAUUUCUACCUGCUACAAAGGCUGCCUUGGAUCAGCACAAAAUAGUCAUAACUACCACAGCAAUAACAAGACAUUUUCAUGACCUUAAGCUCCCUACUGGUUACUUCACACACAUUCUAAUUGAUGAAGCAUCUCAGAUGCUAGAAUGUGAAGCUCUGAUGCCCCUUGGUUUAGUUGGGCCAAACACAAGAGUUGUCUUAGCAGGAGAUCACAUGCAGAUGGGACCCAAGCUCUUCUCAGUGGAGGAUCACCAACGUUCAGAUCACACACUUCUGAAUCGGCUAUUCCACUACUAUCAAAGCCAAAGGAAUGAUUCUGCCCAGAAAAGUCGAAUCAUUUUUAAUGAAAACUACCGCUCAACUCAAGAAAUAGUGCAGUUUGUAUCAACUCAUUUCUAUCUUGGCAAGAAUGAUGCUAUCAAGGCUGCUGGAGAUAUUCCUGGUCAUCCAAAUGACCAUUCCCUAAAGUUCCAUCAUGUUAGGGGAGAAUGCCAGCUGGACACAAUAUCUAUGACUUGGUUUAAUAGGGAAGAGUGUGCCAAAGUUGUUGAGGUUGUGCAAGAUAUUCUCCAACACUGGCCAUCCAUCUGGGGGACCAAGGACCCAAGCUCAAUCUGUGUUCUCUCAGAAGGAUGUCAGGUUCGACAAAUCAGGACUGCUCUUUCGCAAAGAAUCAAAGGCCAGAAUGAAGUCAUUGUUCAGAAUGUCGCAAAUGUGCAAGGCAAACAAUUCAGAGCAGUUAUACUGACAACAGUUCAAACACGUGAAAGUCUGAAAUCAGCCCAUUCGUCUGGUCUGGAGCUCUUCAAUGAUGCCCGUGUGUUAAACACUACCAUCACCAGGGCUCAGUCCCAAGUGGUUGUUGUUGGAGAUGCUGCUGCUCUUUGCUGCUUUGGGAAAUGCUCAAGAAUAUGGAAGAGCUACAUAGACCACUGCAUUCACAAAAAAAGUGUUGGACCACAGUAUUUUACCAAAUAUUUCUUUGAAAUAGAAAUUGAAGAAAUAUUACGCUUUCAAAGGUCUGAUCACCAAGAUGAGAAUAGUUUUCGCAUAGAUGCAAUUCUUCAAGAACUGAAAGAUAAUGACGAGUUAGAAACAGACUGUAGCCCACAAGAAGACAGGCUGGAGUUCCCUGCUGAGUACAAAGCAUCCUACAGUAUCCACGACAGUCAGAAAAAUGCCCUUUUGGACUUAUGUAAAAGUCAACCAAAUAUGUACCAGCAAGGAACCUUGGUCAGGGAGUCAUCCUCCACAGGUUAUGUCAUACCAUUUGGCAACCCCACCAAACCUAUAAGACUCAAAGGAAGAAAAAACAUGGGCAAUUCCUUCAGUGGCGAUGAAAUUGUCAUUCAGACUAAAGGCAGUCCAGAAAUAAAGGUCAUAGGUGUCACCAAAAAUUCAGAAUCAGACCGUACAUUUGUAUGUACACUUGAAGAUGAAGAUUACUGCAAACGAAAAUUGACAUCUGAGGACCGAUUGUAUAAAAUGAUGAUACCCAUUACUAAAAAUGCUCCUAAAAUAACCAUAUUGCUUAAGAGAAGACAUGAUCUUCCAGUGUGGGAGAAUACUGAAGGAGAGUGGACAAUUCUAACAUCUCAAAGGAUUGAUGAAAAGCUUAAGCAGAACAAUGCAUUUGUAGUGCAAGUGAUAUGUUGGAAAGAAAAAUGUCUAUUUCCAUUAGGGAAAGUCAUAGCUAUUAUUCCAAAUGGAGGAUCUUUGAGUGAUGCCCUACGAAUUCUGAAUGAGGAAUUCAAACCUGUCCCUCCUCUACAGGAGUCCAAAAAAAAUUGGUUUUGGGGAGUUGAAAAGGGGAUGGAGAGAGUGGACUUGCGUGAUAUCAUCACUUUCACUGUUGAUUCAGCAGUAGCUGAGGCUCUAGAUGAUGCCAUCAGUGUCAGGGAUAUUGGGGACCAAUACCAAGUGGGUGUGCAUAUUGCAGAUGUGGCCAGUUAUGUACGUCCAGGGGAUACACUUGAUGAGCAUGCAAAAAAUCUUGGUGCUACAUAUUACCGCCGAGGGAAUGAACCUAUUCGUAUCUUCCCCCAAACCCUGAGCAGUAAACAAUGGAGUCUUCUGCCAGGUCAUGAUCGCAAGGUGGUCUCAUUGAUGUUUACAGUCAAAAAGGAAAACAACGAGAUCACAGAGAACCCAACAUUUCAUCUGUCUCUGAUCAAAUCUAACAGAAAAAUCUCUUACGAAGAGGCUGAAGACAUAAUCUGUAAAAGAUUUCUGAAGGAACUCAAGUUUGAUACAGUUGAAGACUGUGUCACAGUGGCUUAUAUUUUUGCAAAAUGCCAGCGAAAGGUCAGACUUGUUGACUGGGUUUAUGCUCAAUCUGAUGAUCAGCGCAUACCAGGGAAGAGGAAAGCCCAUUUGAUGAUUGAGGAACUCAAUGUAUUAUUCAAUAAAUGGGCAGCGGAAAUGUUGCGCAAAUCAGGCAAAACCAUGGACUGCACACCCCUUCGAUGUCAGGCAAAACCACAUGGUGACAAAAUCAAAGAACUAACGGAGAUGUAUAGAGAACUCAUACCUUUGUCUUUUCACCUGAGGCACAGGGUUGAAACGGAACAUGUGAUACCAGACCACGAUGGACUAGACCCCAACAACAAAACAUUCUGCGUGCUAACAAAAGUGUGGAGGGACAUCCAAUUAGCUGCCAGAGAAGGCACUGACACAGACAAAAUAGUCGACCUCAUUGCUGCAGAUGAUGUCCACCCACAGCUGCUACCAGUCAUAUCUAAAUUCAAAAGGUGCCCUGGGGAAAGCUAUGUAAUUCGUUCUAACUCUUCCCCCAAUGCUACGAUUGGGCAUUAUUCUUUGUGCCUGAGCUCUUACACACAAGCAUCAUCACCACUACGGCGGUACAAUGACGUUGUCUUGCAGAGACUUUUGCACACAUUUAUAUGUGGUACUCCAGUACAAUACUCUCCACGUGAGAUUGACAUUUUAUGUCUGCAGUUUGAAAAGAGCAACAAGAUGGCUAAGGAUUAUGAACAAAAGUACGAGAUGAUCUCCUUCGCACUGAAUUCGAAGAAAGAGAGUGUUCCAAAGCUAGCAUUCAUUGUUAGCGCAGAUUCAGAUGGAGACAGUUUCAGAGUGUCAUUUCCUUUUGACAAGAACAUAUUUCCAGGGAGUUUACCUAUCAUGUACAGAGAUUUACAACUUGAAGACCAACCUUUUCAUGACAAAGCAAAAAACUGCAUGGUUCUUAAAUGGAGAAGACGGAUCUACUCAUUUAAAUCAACACACAUCCAUGAAGAACUGAAAAGACCACUAGACUGUGGUCCAUGCACUAAACUUCCACUAGCAACAUGGAAAGCCAUUAUUCAAGCGAUAGAUGAAGAAAACUGGCAUAAAGCUAAGUCACUCAUAAUGACAGCUGAGGAAAAGCAACUGGAGAAACCAAAGAUGUUCUCAGAAUCUGGAGGGAUGGUUCAGGUUGAGAAUACUUUAUGUACCGCAGAACAAUAUCAUUAUGUUGACCUCAGUGUCAAUUUGCAGCCAGGUGACACUCUUAAGAUCCAAAUGACAUCAGAGAUUAAAAGAGCUUACCCAACUCCCACUGUUCAAUUGCUGUGCAUCAAACCAAGUUUUGAGGUGUGUGUGGAUCAUUCUCACAGCCCGAUCACGUGCUUCUCCAAAUAUGCAUUCCUUCCAUCCAAGUCAAAUUAUCGUGACACUAGUGAUUAUAUAAAUGUCUGGAAACCACUGUGUGAAAUGGAGUCUGCAGAAACAGCAGUUUCUGAAAGUGAGAGCAUAAUCAUCGCAGACUUGACUGUAAACUUCUAUAAAAAUCAAAGAGAUGAACUGAGAGGAAUUUUUACCCUGCCUCUCUCAUAUAUCAAGAAAUGGGCCAUUGAAUGUGACCUUGCAAAGUGCUUGCUGUGCAUAAGGAAAAGAGGAUUAAAACUGACCUCAACUCUUGACCAUUGCCAAGAUGUGGACCCUGGCAAUUUCACAUGGGUGGCACAUGGUGUCACAUACAAACUGGAAGAGCCAGAGAAGUCCACAAAUAAACCAAAAAAAGUGCACUUCUACAUAAAACAUUUGCCCAUGAAGGAUAUUCCAGAAUGUGUUUUUCAGAGUGAUAAAACUUUCACAGUUGAACUAAUCCCAAAGCUGCUACCAGACAUACGUAAAGAAAAUGCUGUGGUCAACAUUGAGUCUGCGUGUAAUCUUGUCAAGCAAAUUGCGCUUGGACAACGCAUUCCUAAAGAAGCAGUGCAACACAGUCUGCCAAGGGCGCAGAUUAUUAGAAGAGAUCCACCAAAGGGACUGCCAAAGCUUAACGAUAGUCAAUAUGAUGCACUGGAGAAAGCUCUAAAUCACAAUUUCACACUUAUACAGGGACCACCUGGGACUGGAAAGACAGUUGUAGGAGUGUACAUUGUGUACUGGUUUCUUCAGCAGAACUCAAAAAUAAACAAAAAAUUCACCGACCCAAAGGACAAAAAUAAGAAGGAAGUGAUACUCUACUGUGGUCCUUCCAACAAGUCUGUGGAUGUUGUUGCAGAGUACCUGUUAAAGUUUGGGAGUGACCUGAAGCCCCUGAGAGUCUACAGCCAACAAGUUGAGAUGCUAGACUACCCUUUCCCAGGUGGCACCCUUCAAUUUUCUCACAAGUCAAGUCGCCAAGAGCACUCUAAACCAGAACUCAGGGACAUCACCUUGCAUCACCGCAUGCGACAGGAUCAAAAUCCUUUUUCAGCUGAAAUAAAAGAAUUUGACCGCAAAAUACAAUGUGCCCUUGAAAAAAAGGGAAAGGAGUUGACGGAUGAACAAGUAGAGGUGUACAGAAAGAUUCUCCGCAGUGCUAGGAAAUAUGAGCUGGAGCACCAUGAUAUUAUACUUUGUACGUGUACAACAUCCUCCUCCCCCAGCUUGACCAAAACGGUCAGCGCACGCCAAAUCCUCAUUGACGAAUGUGCAAUGGCCACUGAACCCCAGGCCAUAGUUCCAUUAGUAUGUAACAACCCAGAGAAGAUUGUUUUGCUUGGUGACCACAAGCAAUUACGUCCCAUUGUCAAGAAUGAGAAUGUGAGGAAGUUGGGGAUGUCUAAGUCCUUGUUUGAACGCUGCUUUACAAUUUACAAGAGCAGGGCAGUGAUUCUGGACACCCAGUACAGAAUGCAUGAUGAUAUAUGCAAGUUCCCAUCCAUGGAGUAUUAUGAUGGACUUCUCAAAACAGAAGUGGAACACCCAAGUAGUGUUCUCCUUGUUGAUAACAGACCAAAACCAAUUGUUUUUGGGGACAUUAAAGGCAAGGAGAUCAGCCUGGUUGUAAGCACAGCAAAGGGCAAUGAGAACUCCAAAGCAAAUAUUGAAGAGAGAGACAUAGUGGUUAAGAUAGCUAAAAAACUGGUGGAAAAAGGUGUCAAACAACAAAGUAUUGUGAUUCUGUCACCCUACAAUGCCCAAGUGUCAGAAGUCAGAGCUUACCUGCAGGGAAUCAAAUUGAGCGAAAUCACCGUCACAACCAUCACCAAAAGUCAAGGAAGUGAAUGGCGUUACGUCAUUAUAUCCACUGUGCGCUCUCUGCCUAGCGAGGAGAUUGAGCAUGAGCCAAACAGAGCCUGGCUUUCCAAACAUGUGGGUUUUGUGGGUGAUCCUAACCAAAUAAACGUGGGCAUUACCAGAGCCAAAGAGGGACUGUGCAUUGUGGGAAAUCAAGAGUUGCUGAACUGCAGUCCAGCGUGGAGACAACUCCUUAACUUCUACAAGACGAAAAGCUCGGUCACAGAUGCAAACAACAUUUGUGUUCGCUCCGUCAGAUAAUUGUUUUCCUCCCAGGCACCAGACUGGCACUCUGUGAUAGUACAAGUUGUUAAAUAUAUUUUCUAGUUGUUGUUUUUUUUUUAAUGUAUUUUUAGCACUUUGUAAUGCUAGGUUUUUAUUGACGUCGUUGCUGAUUUUGAUACUACUGAAAAUUAAAUAUAAUUGAAAACA